UUGCAUUCGAAACAAACCCUGAUAUCCUCGCCGCCGAGCUCUGUCUUAAAUCGAAGCCUGGUGAGCUCGGCAGCGCAAUAAUGUCUGCCGAAUCUAGUGUUGACGCCGCUGCGCCGGCGCUUAACCUCACCCCCGAAGAGAAACGAGCAUACGGACAACUAUUCCGGCAAGCGGACUCCGAUAAUGUCGGUGUCGUUACGGGAGAGGUCGCCGUUAAGUUUUUCGAAAAGACUCGACUAGAUUCUCGUGUCCUCGGUGAAAUCUGGCAAAUAGCAGACAAGGAGAACCGCGGAUUCUUAACACCAGCUGGCUUCGGAAUCGUCUUACGACUUAUCGGCCAUGCCCAAGCAGGACGCGACCCAACCCCUGAAUUAGCUCUCCAGCAAGGUCCUCUACCGCGGUUCGAUGGGAUUAAUAUCAACACUAAUGCACCGCCGCCGGCUCACCCACCGAUACAGGCCCAAUCAUCCGGUAGUGGACCUAUCCGAAUACCGCCCCUGACGCCCGAGAAGGUUUCCCAAUAUACCGUAUUAUUUGAGAGGCAGAAUCUCCAACCCGGUGGUAUCCUACCUGGCGAUCAGGCGAAGAACAUAUUCGAGAAAUCGGGGCUGCCCAACGAAGUACUAGGACGCAUCUGGCAACUGGCUGAUACGGAACAGAGGGGAGCACUUGUAUUGACUGAAUUCGUUAUUGCAAUGCACCUUCUCACCUCCAUGAAGUCUGGUGCUUUGAGGGGUCUACCGAAUAUCCUCCCUGCCCCGCUCUACGAAGCUGCUACGAGACGCCCCGGUUCGGCCCAAAGACAAAGUCCCGCACCUACCGGUCCGACUAUUUCCGCUAUACCCCGACAACUGAGUGGACAGGCGCAAGCGCGAACAACUAGCCCUCUAGGAAGGCCUCCGCUAGGCCCUCAGGCUACGGGCGUAGCACCUCAAGUGACAGGAGGUGAUUGGCUAGUCACUGCCGCCGACAAGAUAAGGUUCGAUCAAUUCUACGCAGACUUGGAUAAGACAAACAAGGGUUUCAUCACUGGGGAAGAGGCAGUUCCGUUCCUGAGUCAAUCUGGUUUGCCCGAGGAUGCUUUAGCCCAGAUCUGGGACCUCGCGGAUAUCAACUCGGAGGGUAAACUAAACAGGGACACCUUUGCGGUUGCUAUGUACCUUAUUCGACAGCAGCGGAGUCGACGGGACAUCCCGCUACCCGUGUCCCUUCCGCCAAACCUUAUUCCCCCGUCUAUACGGAACCAAGCGCGCCCUCCUGUUAGCCCGUCUCCAUUCGACGCCCCGGCCCCUUCACCUCCACCGGUGCCUCAACCAGCACCUCAGCCGAAGUCCGCGAUCGAUGACCUGUUUGGCCUUGAUGCUGCACCUAGUCCAGCCCCGCCUCAAAUUCCGGCAUCGACGGGAGGCUCGGCAACGAGAGACCCUUUUGCGAGUGGACCGCCCACCUCGCCCGUACGAACUUCGCCUACCGCUAACACGUUCAAGCCGUUCGUCCCAUCUUCUUCCUUUGGUAAAACCUUGACCUCCCAUGAUACCGGAGGUUCCAGCGGCUCUGCUCAACGGGGACCCCCUCCCCCUUCUGCUUCUGCCAUGGAGGAUCUCCUUGGCGAUAAUGACCCAGAAGUUAGCAAGAAACUCACAAAUGAGACAACUGAGCUGGCCAACUUGUCCAACCAAGUCGGUUCUUUGUCGAAACAGAUGCAACAGGUCCAGGGUCAACGCAACUCCACGCAAAAUGAAAUCAACCAAGCAAGCGAGCAGAAGAGGAACUUCGAGGCGCGCUUGUCACAACUGCGCGCUCUAUAUGAGAAGGAAGCCCAAGAUGUUCGUUCUUUGGAAGAGCAACUAAGGAACGUUCGUGAAGAAACCAAGAAACUUACAAAUGAGUUGAUUACUAUUGAUGGCACCUACAAGGACCUCCAGAGCCAGCAUCAGCAACUCUCGCAGGCUCUUCAGGCUGAUCAGCAAGAAAAUACAUCCCUUAAGCAACGUAUUAGCUCCGUUAACACUGAGAUUGCUCAGCUAAAGCCGCAGAUCGAGAAAUUGAAAUCGGAGGCGCGGCAGCAAAAGGGUAUGGUCGCCAUUAACAAGAAGCAGCUUUCAACGACCGAAGGUGAUCGGGACAAGCUUAAGACCGAGGUUGAAGACCUCACCAAGAGCAACGAUGAGCUAUCCCGCCAAAUCAACACUGGCUCUCCGGUUGCCACCUCCGCCCAAGUAUCGAGCCCCGCGCCGUCGACAACGAGCGCUAACAACCCGUUUUUCAGACGGACGGGGAGUACCGAUAUAAUGGGCACCUUCACUUCGCCUCCCGCUAAAUCGUACGGCGAAAGGUCAUUUAAUGACAUCUUUGGCGACUUCGGUGGGGAGAGCACCUCAUCGCCCCCGAUUACUUCGUUCAAGCACCAAGAUACUGGCACAUCAACGGCCAGUAUUGGAUCAUUUGCUACACCGAGCAGCUCCACCCCUACCGUGAGUCGCCAACCCACUUUUGCCGAGCCCCAAUCCUCAACUGAGUCUCAUCAGCAGAGCCCGAGCUUUGCACCAUUUGGUGAGGCGUCCGAAACGCUAGCACCCUCGCGCCAGGUUUCGCCUCCUGUUAGCAGGGCUGGUGAAAGCACCGCUACGCCCUCGGCUUCCGCUUCUACUCCCGUUCCUAUAGACUCAGCUUCCACCGGUCAGAGCCUAGCAUCCAACUCCGACACCAAUCAGAAACGACCUUCCACACAGGGAGAAGAUAAGCCGAGGAACACUGGCGACGGAUCUAUCCCCGGCUCGUUUCCCGACGAGACCCCUACAGCUCCUGCACCAACCACGCCGUACGCCAACAACAGGGACAGUGACUUAUUCGGCAAUUUAAAAGAUUCUGGUAAUGCUCAGGUGGAUUUUGAUUCCGCCUUCGCGAGCAUCAACAACACCGGAAAGCCUCAGGAUAAGUCGACAAAGGAUAACUCCAACGCCUUCUCAACCUUCAAUUCGGAGUUUCCUCCUAUUUCUGAGUUAGAGCGAGACGACGAGUCCGAUUCUGCCAGCGAGGGGAACCGCUUCGAUGAUGACUUCGCGCCAGCAUCACCGGGCGACAGGAAGACUGAGCCCAAGGAGGCACACCAGGCUCCAGCUUCUCCAACAGCUUCCAAGUCCAGUGCCGCUGCUGUGAACGAUAACUCAGCCGCAGAGAUUGCGACGACUUCUUCGCACGCAUCUCACCCGUCAAAUGACCUUUCCGUUUUCCCCGAACCACCGAAAGCUUCUCCCUCUUUCUCUUCACCCAAAACCGCCGGUUCUUUCGCCCCCACACCAACUACAGUGACAAACUCAGCUCCUGUUGCACCUAAAGGUGCUUUCGAUGACGAUGACGAUUUUGCAGACCUUGAAGAUGCUAAAGAAGGUUCGGCGGAUGAUGAGUUCGCCAACCUAUCGAGGUCCAACCUUGAUGAUUUCAACCCUGUAUUCGAUAGCAGUCCACCACCGAGUCAACCCAAGAGUGAAUCAACCAAUGUUUCGAACGCAUUUGGAAUUGAUAGCAGCUAUGACUUUGGCACUGUCUCGUCUACUUCAGCCGCGACGGCUAGUCAAGCUCCAACAAAUAACAAUGCGAAUACUUCGUCAUUCUCGAGCCAAGCCCCGGCUCCAUCAAAUAACCAAGACUGGGAGGCUCUUUUCGCUAGUUUGGAUUCUCCAAACGACACAUCUGCAAAAACAGGUAGUGAUGACAACAAGUCCCCGGUUCAAAGCCAAAACUCGGGGCGACCAGGUACCGCAGGAAGAGCGUUAAGUGACGAGGGAAAACAUGAUGAUCCUAUUGUGAACCUUACUGGUAUGGGUUACUCGCGAACAGAUGCGGUAAACGCGCUAGAGAAGUACGAUUACAAUCUCGAACGAGCGGCAAACUACCUUGCUAACCAGUCAUGAACUUCAGGCUUAGGAUGCAACAGCACACAUAUACACACACACAUUGAGACUUUGAGAUGAAUGAUUCUUUGUUUUGUCUUUUGAAACGGGAGAUACCUCACUUUGUAUAGGCGCCGAAAUGGGUGGGACGUUUGGAAGUUUGCCAAAAUGAAGUUGAAUUGCGAUGCGAGAUUCAAACCAGAGAAUCACCAGGGCCUACCAGGUUGAAAGGGCCGAUGAUUAAUGUAUA